AGUCAGUGGAAUAUGUUUGCCGUUUCGGCCGUCAAAACUGUCUCUGUGUAACUGAUGUAAGGCAAUGGCUACAAGUGAUAGUAUUGACGAUUUAGUACAGUCUGUGAGCCUUUACGUACCAAGGCCACUGUUGUUGCACGGAUAUAUAUUACCUUUUUUAAUAUUGUAUGGAGGAUGGGCUUGGGCUUGGCUUUUCAUAUAUGGCUGGGAAGAAUACUUCGAGGCAGGACUCAUCGCCUUGGCAGGUCUUGGGUGUUUGCAAGUGCUCACCUCUUUAUUUUGUCACUGGUCCGUCCAUAUACGAUGUCUCCUUACUUGUCGAAAGGAGAACAACCCCAAGAUCGCAAGUUUAGCCAAAGUUGUGCCAACACCCAAUAAUGGAUCAGCUGAACUUGUUAAAGUGCACAAAAUGUUUACUGGUAAACAGGAUGAAGCAGAAAGUAUAUGGUUCACAUUCCAGAAAACUAAAUACAUUUGGGAUGGUGAAGAAAAGAAACAGUUUAUAGGAUUGCAUUUUCCUAUAGAUCUCCAGUUACGGACAUAUGCAGAAUGGCGGGGCUAUCAAGAAGAUUCCGAUUUGGCAAGCGCAGAGAGAAUAUAUGGGAAAAAUGACCUUCAGAUGGACGUGCCAGAGUUUGUAGAACUGUUUAAAGAGAGAGCAACUGCUCCUUUCUUUGUAUUCCAGGUCUUUUGUGUAGGACUUUGGUGUCUGGAUGAAUAUUGGUAUUAUUCAUUAUUCACUUUAUUUAUGCUUGUCAUAUUUGAGUGCACACUUGUUCAGCAGCAGCUGCGCAAUAUGUCUGAAAUUCGCAAGAUGGGUGCAAAACCAUAUAUGAUUCAUGUGUAUCGCAAUCGGAGAUGGCGCUCUAUAAUGACUGAUCAGUUGGUUCCUGGUGAUAUCGUGAGUGUAGGUCGUAGCCAAAAUGAUAAUCUUGUACCAUGUGAUCUUUUGCUACUUCGAGGCCCUUGUGUUGUAGAUGAAAGCAUGCUUACAGGAGAAUCUGUUCCUCAAAUGAAAGAAAGCCUUGAAUCAGUUGAUUUAGAUCAUCCACUAGAUCUUGCUAAUGAUUCAAAACUUCACAUUUUAUUUGGAGGGACUAAAGUUGUACAACAUACACCACCAAGCAAAACUGUAACUGGUUUGAGAGCUCCAGAUAAUGGCUGUGUGUGCUAUGUCCUUCGUACAAACUUCAAUACUGCUCAAGGGAAAUUACUAAGAACAAUCCUAUAUGGUGUUAGCAGAGUUACUGCAAAUAAUUUAGAGACAUUUGCUUUCAUUUUGUUUCUGUUAGUGUUUGCUGUGGCAGCAGCCUCCUAUGUUUGGAUUAAAGGCACAGAAGAUCCUAACAGAAAUCGCUAUAAACUAUUCUUGGAGUGUACCCUGAUUUUAACGUCUGUUGUACCUCCUGAAUUGCCCAUUGAGCUGUCACUGGCUGUCAAUACAUCUUUGCUCUCGCUUUCCAAGCUGUUUGUUUACUGCACCGAGCCAUUUCGCAUUCCUUUUGCUGGUAAAAUAGAUGUGUGCUGCUUUGAUAAAACGGGAACAUUAACCAGUGAUGAUUUAGUUGUGGAAGGUGUUGCUGGCUUAGAUGGAACAAGUAAAGUUAUACCGUGCAGUGAGGCUCCCCUAGAAACUAUACAGGUUAUAGCGUCUUGUCACUCACUAGUCCAUUUAGAUGAUGGUUUAGUUGGUGAUCCGCAAGAGAAGGCUACAUUAGCCGCAAUCGAGUGGAACUUAACCAAAGGUGAGGCAGUUGUUCCAAGGAAAGGCAAGGCUCCAGGCAUGAAAAUUUUUCAUCGUUUUCAUUUCUCAUCGCAGCUGAAAAGAAUGUCUGUAAUAACAGGUUACACCCAGUCUGGUUCAGCUGAUGUAUUAUAUUUAGCCACUGUUAAAGGAGCACCAGAGACAUUAAGGCCAAUGUUUUCAACUCUUCCACCGAACUACGACAGUAUAUACUUAGAGUUGUCUCGACGUGGGGCUCGUGUUUUGGCUCUUGGCAGAAAGGAGCUUGGAAAAUUAUCUCAUGCAGAAGUAAGUAUCUUUCUUUCUUUACUUAAUAAAUCCUAUGCCCAAGUUCCCUAUCACAGAAUGCAUUUGAUACUAUCCAGUUACCCUGGCAGCUCAGUUGGUUUUAUUCAGAGGUUCGGUGAAACAUCACGUGAAAAAUUGGAAUGUGACCUGACCUUCGCUGGAUUUAUAAUAAUAUCAUGCCCGUUAAAAAAGAGAUCAAAAGAAGUCAUAAAGGAAAUACUUCAAAAGUUUCUCAUGCAAUUAUUGUCAGAUGUAUCAAAUAAGAGUAAAUUUGCCACAUUGAUAUUGCAGGACUAUGGUAAAGACAGUUGGGGAUGGAAAAGUAUAGAUGAGACAAUCAACAUGGAUCUGAUUCCCUAUGAGAAUCAUAAGGAGUUAACAACCAAUUUCUUUAGGAUUUAUGAUUUUUGUAUAACUGGUGAGGGAUUAGCUUGGUUGAAAAGUAACCAUGCAAAAUUUUUCAAAGCCAUCCUUCCAUACGUCCGAGUGUUUGCACGUGUAGCUCCAAAGCAAAAAGAAUUUGUGAUAACAGCUUACAAGAGUUUAGGUCUUACAACUUUGAUGUGUGGCGAUGGUACAAAUGAUGUGGGUGCAUUAAAACAUGCUCAUUGUGGUGUGGCAAUUCUUUCAAAUGCCCCAGAUAGACCACCGCAAAAGAAGAAACGCAGUGAUGAGCCAAAUAAUGGUUUAACACCAGCAAUGUCAGAAAAAUUAGAAAAUGCCAAAAAACUGGCAAGAAGAGUAGAAAAGCAGAAAGCCCAAACUCCACCUGCAGCUCCUAACCAGCCCAGACUAACUCCUCAGCAAGAGCAAGUUAUGAAGGCACAAGCUCAGUUGCAAAAACUGCUGCAAGAAUUAGAAGAAGAAAAUAAUCCUGUUGUCAAAUUAGGUGAUGCUUCCAUUGCUGCUCCAUUUACCUCAAAACUUUCUUCAAUACAGUGUGUUUGCCACAUCAUCAAACAGGGAAGAUGUACUCUGGUGACCACACUGCAAAUGUUCAAAAUUUUAGCUCUGAAUGCUUUAAUUUUAGCAUAUUCUCAGUCCGUUUUAUACUUAGAUGGUAUCAAGUUUUCCGAUUACCAAGCAACACUACAGGGACUGCUAUUAGCUGCAUGCUUUUUGUUUAUAUCUAGAUCAAAGCCCUUGAAGAUUCUUAGCAAAGAGAGGCCACUUCCCAACAUUUUCAACGUUUAUACAAUCAUGACAGUAUUGCUGCAGUUCGCAGUGCACUUCACAUGCCUAGUAUUCCUUGUCAAAAAUGCUAACGAAUGGUCGCCGCCAAAGGAGAAGUUUGUUGAUUUGGAGAAGGAAUUUGAGCCAAGUUUGUUGAAUAGUACAGUGUAUGUUAUAUCCAUGACUUUACAAAUAUCUACAUUUGCGAUCAAUUAUCGGGGCCAUCCAUUCAUGGAAAGUCUGUCAGAGAACAAAGCACUUCUCUACAGCCUCUUGUGCUCUGGUGGUGUUGUGAUGGCGCUAGCGUUAGGAAUAAUUCCAGAAUUUGCACAGCAGUUCGAGAUUGUUGACUUCCCCCCAGAGUAUCGGAACAUCCUUGUGAAGGUGUUGGUAGCAGACUUUGCUUUAUCAUUGGUUGGAGAUAGAAUCUGCCUCUUUCUGUUUGGUGAAGGAAAAUUACCUGCUGAACUUAAAAGAAAUGUAUCUUAAGGGGAAGGGUUUAGGGUAAUUUUGGAAGAUCGUCAAAUUUUUACCUCAUGAAUCUGAAUACAUGUUCAAAAUGAACUGCAACUGAACAUAUGACUAUUAUAUUUUUAGUAGACGUGAAGUUCAUACAUGUAUUCUGCGAGUGAGACUUUAUUGUAAUUCAGUCAUUUAUUUUGAUAUUCUGUUUAUCAAUACUGUAUUGUAAUCAGUGAUACAAUAAAAUUCACACCACCUAUAAACUGAAGUGUGAUGAAUUAUGAUGCCUUGUUCUUUAGCAAAUUUUUACUGAAAGUAGAACGUUCCAUUAGAUACAGUUAACUUAGAUAUUAACAAGAUUUACUUCUUUUUUUUUAAGGGGCAAAAGGGGUCCAUAUAUUUAUGGGGUUGCUGUGAAGCAGAUAGUAUAUUGAUAAUCCAAAGGUCGUCAGAUAAGUGAACGGCUUGUGAAGUAUGGGGAAUAGCUUUUACAUUAUGCUGUUAGUAAAGGAGAAAGUUUUAUUUAUACAGUGGUACUUGUAAAUAUACUGUAUUUAUGUAUUGUAGUGUCUUUAUUAUGUUGAUACUUUAUUUAGUAAAACUGUCAACAUUAUACAUUAUAACUUUUGUGUUACCCAAAGAAUAUGUGUUGGAAAUGAGAUGAGGUGAAUCAGUAAGAAAACCAUAUAUCAAUACAUUUUUAAAUACAUAGAUGAAAUACAGUAAAUAAAAUAUCUGUCCAGACCAAUUAUAAUUUUUUGUAAUAAUCCUCUGCAGUGAAUGUUUAAAGGAAAUUGGAAAGAGUAAUCAUCAUAGACUAUACACCCUGAAAGGCAGUUAUGUGGAAAAUGGUGAAUAAAUUUUUUUCAAUGCAUAUAAAGAUAUAUGUACUAAUUGCUCUUAGAAAGUGGCUUCUCAAUAUGUCACAGCAGCAGUAUCCCAGUGUGAGUCACGGAAAGUGGUGGUAUGAAGAUGAAUUGAUGAUUGCUCAAUAUUAUCAUAGUGAGUUUUUAUAUGAUCAUUAGUGAAAUCUGCCAAAAAAUGUGAUAAAUUGUAGGUUUUACUUAUCCUGUAGAAGAUGACUUGUGUCACCAACGUGUGGGUGGUUGGAUUAUGCUACAAAUCAGUUACAUGAGAUCUAGUUUCAGGCUGGCAAGAUUAUUUGUAACUUUCUGUAUGUGAAUUUAUGUAUAGCAUAUGUAUCGGAGGUUUUUAUUAAUGAAAGCAUUUAUUUUGAUUAUGAUGUAUCCAAGGCAAUUUUUGGUGCUAUUGGAAGGAGUCAUUGUGAGGAUGUAACAUUGAUUUCAUAAAAAGUUACCACUGAUAUGUUAUCUGUUAUGGUUUUCGUUUUUCAAUACAGAGUAGUAAUUCAUAUAUUUUCUAUAGUUAUUGAUUGUAAUAUGAAUGCCAAGCAUAAAGAAUGAACUGACUAUUGGAAAAUGCGAAUAACUGUUUAUUAUGUAAACCAGCCCAAGCAGAGCCUUUAUUAGGCUCAGAGGUCUGGAUAAACUAAUCCUUCACAAUAAUAUUUCAAUUAUGUAAUAUCACUGUCAUGCAAAAGUUCACCUGUCAGUAGGUUCAAAGUAUUCAGUGAUGUCCAUUUUAGUAUUUUUGUUCAAUUUAUGGCUGAAAUGGAUAUGGUGUUGUCUGAGUAACUUUGUUUUGAUGUAUCAUGUUCCUUCUAGGUAAUGAAGUAGUUGAUUCUCUCAAAAAAUAAUAAAUCUGUUCAGUUUG